CGGCCCGAGAAACAAAAAGGCCGAGCCGAGCUGCGUUAUUGGGCUUGUUUCGGCCUCGGGCCGAGCCCAGCUCGGCUCGAGCCAGCCCGUGAGCUUGUCCAACUCUACAGCCCAAAGUGGCCCAGCACCAGUCACUUGACCUAGCGCUCUACCUCACCCCGAGCAGCACUCAUCCUCUUUCCCCCCAGCGCUAGGUUAGCCAGCCUCCGCCGGCCGCCGCCAUCGCAGUUCCUUCUGUCGCCGAUGACACACACGCCGCUUGUCCAGAUCGCCCAAGGAGCCAUGGAGAAGAAGAAAGAGAGGUCAUUGACCUCCAUUCUUGGGAAGGAGCCAGCGAUUGGAAAAAAGAAGAAGGGCAGAAGCAAGACCUCCAGCUCCAUGGACGCCGGCAUCGAGCCGUCCGUUCGCUCCAAGGCCAAUCCAAGCAUCGUCCUUGUUGACCCGCUUGUGAGGGCAAAGCAGCAGGCGCGAGCACUGCCACCCCCGCCUCCGCCUCGGCGUCUACCUGACAACAAAGGUAUCGGCGCGCGGGCGGCAGCUGUUGUUGCAUCCGGCUGGACCGGCUCCGCGAACACCUCCGUCACGCCUACUUCUCCGGCUGAAGCUGAGUCCUGGGAACAUGAGCCGGAAGAGGAUCAUGUCCAGGAGCAGGAUGAGGAAGAGAAGGAUGAGAAUGUGUAUGUGCCUGCUGAUGAGUCCGAGUCUGAGGAAGAAGAGAACUCGUAUGAUCUUAGAGAUGACAUGUCAGAGGAUGAAAUGGAUAUUUUUCAGUCCCCUGGAGGUGAGACUGAUGUGUUUGUUGUUAGUUCAGAAGAAGACAAUGCAAGAACAGGAGAGAAACACAAGAAAGGGGUGAAAGUCAAGCGCAAGGUCACUACCAAGGGCAGUAGCAAGUCCAGUACUAGCAGGGAGAGUUCAGAUUGUUGGACUUUUUUUGAGAAGGUGAAGGUGAAAUCAGAAAAGGAUCCUAAGGUUGAAGAGUUGAAGGCAAAGUGCAUGCAUUGCCACAAUUUAUACAUAUAUGUUCAAGGUUCAAGCACCACAACACUUAAUAGGCAUACGAAGAAGUGUAAGAUCUUCAAGAACAAGGUUGCGAUGAAACUUAUACAAUCACGGCUUGGGUACAAGCCGUCCAAUGUUAGAGGUGAAUCCGGUCUUCCUCUAGGUGUGCCAUCCAAUGGGUAUGAGCACACAACUAUGAAGGAGUUGAUUGCAAAAAUGGUGGCUGUCCAUAACUACUCAUUCAGGAUGGUGGAACAUGAGUGGUUCAAUAUUGUGAUGAAGUACUCGAACCCGCUAUAUCAAGAAAUUGGUAGGAAGGCAAUAAGAGCUGAGUGUUUGAGGGUUUUCAAUAAAGAGAAGGAAAUCCUUAAGGCAGCCCUGAAGAAUGUGGACCACAUUAGUCUCACUACAGAUAUGUGGACAAGUAACCAAACCAUUUCUUAUAUGUGUGUAGUGGCACACUAUAUAGAUAAACAUUGGAGGAUGCAGACUCGUGUGCUUGCGUUCAUGGAGUUGGACCCCCCUCACAGCGGAAACGUCAUGGCUGUUGCGUUGUUUGAAUGUGUGACUGAAUGGAAGAUAGAAAACAAGAUAGUGUCCAUCACACUAGACAAUGCAUCAAACAAUGAUUCAGCUGUUAGAGAUUUGAAGGCAAUGUUUUCUGUUCGAAGAGGGACAGACUUUGAAGCCAAAUAUUUCCAUGUCCGGUGUUGUGCUCACAUUGUCAACUUGGUAGUGCAGGAUGGGACAGCCUGCAUGAGCACUUUGGUAGCGAACCUAAGGGAGACAGUGAAGUACUUCAAGAAGUCCCCUUCCCGGCUGCACAAAUUUGUUGAGAUUUGCAGGAGUUUAGGCCUUAAAAUUGGAGCGCAUUUGACCCUAGAUGUUUGCACGAGGUGGAGUUCUACAUACAAUGGUUCAUAAGGACAAAACCUACAAUGCUAUGGGACAUGCUAUGAUGGACAAGUUCAACAAAUAUUGGGAAGAACCAAACAAUGUCAUGGUUCUUGCCACUUUCCUGGAUCCAAGGUACAAAAUGAAGUACGUGGAUUGGUGCUUUGGGCAGAUCUAUGAUGAGGAUAAGGCUGAAACUGAGUUGUCUGCAUUCAAGAAAGAUUUGGACAAGUUGUAUGAGAAAUUUGAUUCUCAAAAGAGGCAAGCUGAACCUCAAUGCAAGAAUACUUGCAAUACAAGUACCUCAAUGCCACCUGCAGAUUCUGAGUUUCUCUCAUUCUUAUCAUCCACUUCUACAAAACGAUCUAAGAGUGAAUUGAGAAACUAUAUGGAUGAUGCAAAUGAGGGUAUGGUUGCCACUUUCAAUCUGCUAGAGUGGUGGAAGGUGAAUGCACUUAGGUAUCCUGUGUUGGCAAACAUGGCAAGAAGAUUCUUAACUAUCCCUGCUAGCUCGGUGUCUUCUGAAUCCAGUUUUAGCACCGGUGGAAGAAUUCUGGAUGAUUAUCGAAGCUCUCUAAAACCAUACAUGGUGGAGGCAUUGGUGUGUGGCGGAAGCUAUAUCAAGGGUGCGCACAAAGACUUAAAUGUGUUGGAUGUGGAAGAAGAUGAUGACGAGGAGGAUGUGGAGAAGGUCAAAUUGCCUAAAAGUGUGGCAGAUUGCAACUACUAGAUACAUUGUAGGGAGAAGACCAUCAAGAUGCAUUUGUUAAAUUUGCACAUGGAAGUAAAUCAAGCAAUGGAUCUAUAUUGGUCGUCACCCUUGAAUGAUGGAGUUCUUGCAUGGCUUAUGUUGCCUGAACUUUAGAUGUGACAUAUGUCAACUUCUCAACCUUGGACUAUUAAGUUUAUGUUGUCAUUAAACUUUGAACUAUGGAUGUGACAUAUGUCAUCUUAUUUUGCUAAACUCAUGAAUGGUUUAUCAAUUUCUUCAGUGCUGCCCAAACUUGGGUGCA